CCCUCCCCAAACAAUGAUUUAUUCAGGAGCUGUUUGUAAGGAGAGUUGCUGCUAAGAAUUCUGUGCGAAGAUGCUCGCAGAUAAAGGCUCCAGUACUUAUUUCAGGAGGGCCAACUUCUUCUGGAUAACCUUCGUCAUUGGAUCCUUGGGGUAUUACACUUUGCUGAUGUUUUGGCCGCAGAAUGUACCUUACAAGAGUCUGGGACCCUUGGGCAACUUCUCCAAGUAUCUGGUGGACAACUAUUACUCCCACUUGUAUGUUGGGUACUGGUUGGCCUGGGGUCUCCAUCUUGCUGAAGCACUGUACAGCAUCAAACUCUGCAGUGAUAAAGGGAUUACAAAUGUAAAUAUCCAGUUCAAGUGGGUAUUUCAGACUUUUUUAUUUGGCAUCCCCUCACUCUGGCAUCUGUGGUCCUAUGAACCAGAGCAGAAGGACAAGUGAAAACUGAACAGAAACACCUUCCGCAUUUUUAAAGAGAUGGUGCAAUUUCAGCAUCAUGGGAUAGAAGAUCCUCCUGUUAAGGAACUGUUAGCAAAGUCUUGGAAAGUUUGGUUUUGAAAUAGUGAUGUUUGACUGUAUGAUGUCAGCAGCAGGAUUAUGGAAACAAUCCAACGUUCACUAUUUUUCAGUAACGUAUGGCUGGUAAUCAAGUCAAUCUUUUUAAAAAUUGCCAUUGCAAAAUUUUUAGUUUCUUGUAACCUGAUCAUUGCAUUUAAUAAACUAGUUCAUGUUGCUGUUUUUGCUAUGAGAGAAGCGUGGCAGACUGACUUACAUUCUAGAUGGGUUACACAUGUAAAAGUUUUUCUACUUCUUAAAAAAAACUUACACACAACUAAUAUGUUUAUUUUUCAGUCACCAAAUCUCCCAUGGCCAUCUGCAAAAUCACCCCUUCACCGUCUGCUCUACACCCAUCAAUGUCAGAGUCCCCACUGUUCAGGUGCCAACUGAUCGUCACUGGGCCUACCUUGCUGACGGAUCACCGAUGCCAGGUCCCAUGCUGGGCCCACACUUGCCACUCACGGCUUUCACAUGAUUAGGCAGAUAGUCACCCAUUUAAAAUAAUGGUCUGCUGCUGGUGUGACCAUAGCCACAGGCACCCAGUCAGACUAUUUGAUUAGGGGAUGGAUGAAGUGAAGAGAAGCAAUGAUGUUGUGAUAAUAUAUCAAUGUGGUGAACUCUUAGUCACCUAGAAGGGUGGAUAGUGGCAUAGUUGGGCCAGUUCCAUGAGAGAUGAACAAUGAAAAACAGCACAACCUCUCUAAUUUCCUGCCAAACACCUCUUCAUACCCUUCCUUCUUUGUAAACUGUAUUUGUGUCUGUUUGUUGUUGUAUGUUUAUUUUUGUGGUGGUGGUAGUAACUAAUAAAAUUGCCCUGUCUUUCACUCCAGAAAGCUUUGGAAUUGGUGCUCCAUUUUUGGGCUGGUUAACUAAAUUUAAUCGAAAUGCAAUUAGCUAUGUGCAAAAUAAGAAAAAACAUUGUUGUAACUGACCAAGAGGGGUCUAAAACAAAAAUGAGGGCAGCCGUGACCUUGCCUCAUGUGGUCACAACACACUAAAAGAAUGUUUUCUUAUUCAUCUGGGCAGUGCUGACUAGACCAGUAUUUAGGACUGACUCCUAAUUGCACAGAGGGUAGUUAACAGUCAUCCAAAUUGCUGUGGGUCUAGAGUCCUAUAUAGCCCAGACCAGGUAAUGAUGGCAGAUUUCCUUACCUCUAAGACAUUAAUGUACCACAUAGAUUUUUACAAUAGUUACAUAUCUGCCAUUGCCUGGUGCAGGGACUCCAGGUGUCAUUAAAGUGGUGGCAGUAGUGGAGCCAGGGACUCUUGGUUGUGGUACCCACAUCAGGAACUCCUGAUAAUUGGUGAGAUGGUGGUAGCAGCUCCUGGUUGUGGUAGUUCCCCAAGCUGGGGACUCCUGAUUGUUGAUGCGGUGGUGGCAGCAGAACCGGGGAUUCCUAGCUACAGGGAAAGUGAGAGUCCAGCACUGGACCUGGCACCGGUGAUCCAUCUGCAAGGUGGGCCCAUUGACAAAGAGGGGCAACUCUGACAUGAGUGGGCCUGGUGCAGAUGGUGAUGGGGGUGAUGGCACAGGCUGAUCAGCUGGCUCAGGACUUAUGCUAGAGGUGGCAGAAUGAAGAUCAUCUCUCUUUCACCUAUAUCUUUUUAUUCUUAAACUAUUGAAAGUGGCAUUGGACUGUGGCAAUAGUGGAAGCUUUUUACUAUAUUUUACUUUGUUGCUCAUUGUAGAGUACAAGUGACAAUAAAUCUUCUUUCUUCAUUA